GGGUUCCUUUAAAUACAUUAUCCUCAUGAAUGCAUUUGUCAUCCAAAUGCUCAGUGAACCAACAAAGGCUGUUAGUUAUGAAAAAAGUAUAAUUGCAUCAAUUUUCAAGAUCAUAAGUAAAUGCCAAGAGGAGCUCCCUCCAGAAGAGCGCAACAUUACACUACGGGUCAAGUGUAUUGGUGUUGAGACAGAAGAUGGCAAUGUAGAGAAAUUGACAAAGAAACAGAUGGCGCUGAGGUUUGGAACAAAAAAUACACAAAUUUGUGGAAGUAUGGCAACCAAGGAAUGCCAAGAUGUUGCGCCACCAACAGGGCCACCAAAGACCAAAACAACAUUGACAACAAGAAUAUCAACAACCCCAACAUCCCCCCCUCCAUUACCAACACAACCAUUUCCGGAGAGUGA